AGCACACACGGCUACCGUGAGCUCAACGCUUUCUCAUUUCUUGCCAGCAAUUAUGCCCAUGUGUGGGUCAUCUUCAAAACCAGGCUUCGGGCGUCGUCCUUUGCAAAGAAAGGUGGUGGUAUGCGGCGAUGGUGCUUGCGGAAAGACAUCUCUGUUGAAUGUCUACACGAGAGGUUUCUUCACUCAAGUAUACGAACCAACCGUCUUCGAAAACUAUGUUCACGACUUGUACAUUGACGACCAACUAGUGGAACUCAGUUUAUGGGAUACUGCCGGACAGGAAGAAUUCGAUAGGUUACGAUCUUUAAGCUACGCUGAAACUCAUGUCAUCAUGAUCUGUUUUUCAGUUGAUAACCCGAUAUCACUGGAAAAUGUAGAAUCAAAGUGGUUAGACGAGAUCCUGGAGUAUUGUCCGGGUGUAAAGCUUGUGUUAGUUGCCCUCAAAUGUGACUUACGAGAUGACCCUAUGGUCCGGGAACGGCUGGCACGGUAUGGAACACACCCAGUGCAGUACGACGAAGGACUUGGAGUUGCCCGUCGAAUACGAGCUUCUCGUUACCUUGAGUGUAGCUCGAAACACAACCGAGGCGUAACGGAAGUCUUCAACGAGGCUGCACGGGUGUCUCUGAGCACGAGAACGAAAGCUGGUUCCACGUGCAUAAUAAUGUGAUGUUUUUCGCUGUCGUUGGCACAUCUUAUAUAUCGACCUUAAUAUUGAUGCUAAUGCUCUCGUUUACAAUUUAUGAUGUCAAGUCCAGAAACACUUUGCAUGGAUACAUUUGAUACCCUUCUACUUUGUUUAUUUUGUUCUUACCCUCCGGGUUUCUUAAAUCAGACGAAUUUGAUGAUGAAAAAGAAUAGUCCAUUACAGCAAUGGAAACACAAA